AUGGGGGUGCCGGUCACAUAUCAAGUCAACAACGCCUACUACAUAAGUGGGUACUACUUGACUGACGGCAUCUAUCCCAAUUGGCCUGUAUUCGUGAAGAGUCCUACACAUCCGACGGAUCCGAAGGGGAAGAGGUUCAAAGUGAUGCAGGAAGCGGCUCGCAAGGAUAUUGAACGAGCCUUCGGCGUCCUUCAAGCUCGUUGGGCAAUCGUCAAAGGCCCAUCGCGUCUUUGGAGCAAGGAGGCGAUGAGCGACAUCAUGUUCACGUGCAUCAUUUUGCACAACAUGAUCAUCGAAGAUGAAGCCAUUGCCAAAAAGAACAAUGAGUGUGUUUGGCUUUUUGAUACGUUUGCGAUCUUGUUGAAUGUGAUUGGUGUUUCUUGUAAGAGAAGAGAAAUGAUUCGAGAAUUUCAAGCACAAAAAGUUGCUCAAGCUUUGGAAAUUGGUGAACUUGAAACAGGAUCGGGAUUAAAUCAAGAACUUGGUUUGAAGAGGCCCGGAGAAACUCGUUGGAGUUCUCAUUACAAAAGUCUUUUGAAUGUCAUGAACUUGUUUUCUACAAUUGUUAAAGUUCUUGUGAUGAUUGGGAAGAAUGGCUCUAACUCGGAUGAUAAGGUAAAAGCUCAAGGCAUUUUGUACUCACUAGAGUCAUUUAAUUUUGUGUUUUUGGCACAUCUAAUGACUACUAUAUUUGGGUACACUAAUGAUUUGUGUCUUGCUUUGCAAAGAAGAGAUCAAGAUAUUAUUAGUGCUAUGAGACUUGUCACUUUGACCAAAGUGACAUUACAGAAAAUGAGAGACAAUGGAUGGGAGACUCACUUGAAUAAGGUAAUCUCAUUUUGCAAUAAUAAUGAGAUUGUUGUUCCGGAUAUGGAGGCUUGUUAUAUCCCUCAAGGAAGAUCAAAGCGGUUUGCUCAACAAGUUUCAUAUCUUCAUCAUUUUCGGGUUGAUGUGUUUAUAGAGGUAAUUGAUUUACUACUUCAAGAACUUGACAACCGAUUUGAUGAGGUCAAUAUGGAGUUGCUCAUAUGCAUGGCUUCAUUAAAUCCUAAAGAUGGCUUCUCUUCUUAUGACAAGGAAAAGGUACUCAAACUUGCAACUUUUUAUCCCUCUGAAUUUUCAAGCAUUGAUUUGUCAACUCUUGAAUGUCAACUUGAUAUAUUCAUGGAAGAUAUGAGGAGAGAUGAUGAGUUUAAAAAUUUGGAGGAUAUUAGUUCUCUUUCUAUGAAGUUUGUUGAAACAAAGAGACAUAUGACUUAUCCUCUAGUGUUUUUGCUAAUUAAGUUGGUGUUGAUUCUUCCGGUUGCCACUGCAAGUGUUGAGAGAGUGUUUUCUGGAAUGACUUAUGUCAAGAAUAAGUUGCGAAAUAGCAUGGGGGAUCAAGUAUUAAAUGAUUGUUUGGUCACUUUCAUUGAGAAAGAUAUGUUUCUACAAGUUUCCGAUGAUGAGGUCGUCAAACGCUUUGAAGAAAUGAAGACUCGUCGGAAGAUAAACUAA